UCCACGCGCCACGGACGCCCGAGAAACGGAUAACGGAACGCGACACACCCGUACACCCAAUUUAUUCGCAAACUGCGACUUUGCACACUGGAAAUAUGAGAGGAGCGCAAUCAGCAAGAGCGAAAUGAAUAAAUUACGCGAAAAUAAAAUCAAUUUGCAUUAAGAGCUGGAGACGAGCGACUAGCCAACGUCGGACCCGUCAGACGGACGGACUGCUACUUGGAUCACAAGACCCCUCCUCGAGAACCUCGUAUACCAUCUCUCAUCCACCGACUGACAGCCAUUUGAAGGACAAACAAGGCGCUGGCCCAUGAGCUGCCGCGCGGGCAAAUUAUAUUACCUUGUCAGGCGAGUGACAUAAGGCGGACCUCUUGGCCCCUUGGCCCCGCACCCACACAGUUCAUGUGUGGAUCCCAGUGAGGUGGUUGCUGGUGACGGAGGAGGCACUGGGGUCACGUCUUGGAUUACCAAAUCGCCAACGCCAUCGACGGAAUGCUACGCAGCUGCGUGUGCCUGCGCACCGACGAUGACGGGAAGCGGCGCAGCUCCUCCGUGGAAGACGCCUCCUCGUGCCGCUCGUCGGAAAUAGAGCGCGUGGGCGCCAGCAUGCAAACGCUGGGUCCCAAUGGACAGCCGCAGUCAUCCGCCGCGCAGACGAGCACCAGGGCCUCCAGUCUGCUGCAGCUCUUCCAGCGGCGAGGUUGGUGCAAGCACUUCCGCAAGCCGCUCCGGGGCAUGAGCGCCUCCCGGGCCGAAAAAACUAUCCGAGCGGCAAUAUUCAUCCAGAAAUGGUAUCGCAGGCAUCAGGCCCGUCGCGAAAUGCAGAGGCGUUGCAACUGGCAGAUCUUCCAGAACCUGGAGUAUGCCAGCGAACAGGACCAGGCUGAGCUAUACAAAUUCUUCAAUGACCUCAUUAAGCACAUGCCCCAGGCUGCGGGCAGAAAGAAUCAGUACCAAGGUUCCGCUCAUGUUUCCGUACUUGAAGAUAAAGACGACCUCGUUGAAGAGUUUGGGGACAUUGUGAAUGCCAAAAUUGAGUUGCCAAUACGAAAAAACCAUAUCGAUCUAUUGAUUGACGUCUUCCGCAAGAAACGGGGAAACCGAUUGCAUCCAAAAUAUGUCGCCCUAAUUUUACGUGAGGCUGCCAAAUCCCUAAAGCAGCUGCCCAAUAUUUCUCCGGUGUCCACGGCUGUUUCCCAACAAGUUACGGUUUGUGGGGAUCUUCAUGGAAAAUUGGACGAUCUUCUUGUGGUGCUGCAUAAGAACGGUCUUCCUUCCUCUUCCAAUCCCUACGUGUUCAAUGGCGACUUUGUGGACAGGGGCAAGCGGGGCCUGGAGGUCCUUCUGUUGCUUCUCUCACUCUACUUGGCUUUUCCCAAUGCAGUUUUCCUCAACCGUGGCAACCACGAGGACAGUGUCAUGAAUGCCCGCUAUGGAUUUAUUCGGGAGGUGGAAAGCAAGUACCCUCGGAAUCACAAGCGAAUUCUGGCCUUCAUCGACGAGGUCUACCGAUGGCUUCCCCUUGGCUCCGUUCUCAAUAGUCGAGUGUUAAUCGUCCACGGAGGUUUUUCGGAUAGCACAAGCCUAGAUCUUAUCAAAAGUAUUGACAGGGGCAAGUAUGUGUCUAUUUUAAGGCCUCCACUGACGGAUGGCGAGCCACUGGACAAAACCGAGUGGCAGCAGAUCUUUGACAUUAUGUGGAGCGAUCCGCAGGCCACAAUGGGCUGUGUACCGAACACUUUGAGAGGAGCUGGUGUCUGGUUUGGUCCCGACGUGACCGACAACUUCCUCCAGAAACAUCGACUCAGCUACGUCAUUCGGUCCCACGAAUGCAAGCCCAAUGGUCAUGAGUUUAUGCAUGACAACAAGAUAAUCACAAUUUUUUCGGCCUCGAAUUACUAUGCCAUUGGAUCCAAUAAGGGGGCCUAUAUCCGCCUGAACAACCAGCUGAUGCCCCAUUUUGUUCAGUAUAUAUCGGCGGCAUCGCAAACAAAGCGUUUGUCCUUUAAACAGAGAAUGGGCAUUGUGGAGAGUUCGGCGCUCAAGGAGUUGGCAGUGCGUAUGCGUGAUCAUCGGGAUGAAUUGGAGGAUGAGUUCAGGAGGCAUGAUCCCAAGGACAGUGGCUACAUAUCCAUUUCGAACUGGUGCAAGGUGAUGGAGAAGGUCACCAAGUUGGGACUGCCAUGGCGACUCCUUCGCGACAAAUUGGCCCCGGGAACAGAUAGCCAGAAGGUUAAUUACAACAGGACACUGGAUUUAUUGGACACGGAUGUAAUUCUCGAAGCUGAGGCCGAUGGAAUGUCAGUAAUGGAUGCUUUGUAUGCCAACAAGGCCAGUUUGGUGGCCAUUUUUAAUAUCAUUGAUGCCGAUAAUUCUGGUGAAAUUACCUUGGAUGAGUUUGAAACUGCGAUUGAUUUGCUGGUGGCCCAUAUGCCAGGUGCCUAUUCCAAGGCAGAGAUGCUGGAGAAAUGCCGAAUGAUGGAUCUAAACGGAGAUGGCAAAGUGGAUCUGAACGAGUUCCUGGAAGCAUUCAGGCUGAGUGAUUUGCACAGGAAGGAACAGCAGGACGAGAACAUAAGGAGGCGUUCAACUGGCCGAUCGGCCAUAGCUAAAACCGCCUCAGAUCCCGUGGCAUUGUUGGCCGACAAGAUCUCAAAAAAUACGCUGGUUGUGGAACACGACAUCGAUCCCACGGACUGCGAGGCUAAAGUUAUUGAUCCUAAGAAGUCGUAAGCGAGGCGAUUUUAUUCUCAAGAAACUAGCAGAAUUUUAGUUUGAGAAAACUUAUUAAUACUUAUUUUAUUUUGUUCAUAUAAGGCAUUUAAAGCACAUUCAUUUUGUCAUAUUAUAAACGAAUGAUGAAAUCUAUGUAUAGAAAUUAUAUCCAGACACAGUCUAGUUAAAAUUACC